UAAUUUGGGUUCUUCACUCUGCAAAACCCUAAUUCCACUCUGAUAUAAAACACGAAGCAAACGCAGCUCUCGCAUUUCCUCGCAGUGCUAGGGUAACACAUCACAAGCCGAAGGCGCAUCCAUUCUCCGAUUCCCAUCGCCGCCGCACUGCAACCAUGUCGAAGAGAAAGGUUAGGGAGCCUAAGGAAGACAACGUGACCCUGGGUCCAGCUGUUAGAGAUGGUGAACAUGUCUUUGGCGUUGCUCGCAUCUUUGCUUCCUUCAAUGAUACUUUCAUUCAUGUCACUGAUUUGUCUGGCAGGGAAACCCUUGUACGCAUCACUGGUGGAAUGAAGGUGAAAGCUGACAGAGAUGAGUCAUCUCCUUAUGCAGCUAUGCUUGCAGCCCAGGAUGUUGCUACCAGAUGCAAGGAGUUGGGCAUUACUGCUCUUCAUAUCAAGCUCCGUGCCACUGGUGGAAACAAGACAAAAACUCCUGGUCCUGGUGCUCAGGCUGCUCUCCGUGCCCUUGCUCGUUCAGGAAUGAAAAUUGGUCGCAUAGAGGAUGUGACUCCUAUUCCCUCUGAUAGCACCCGCAGAAAGAGUGGUAGAAGGGGAAGAAGGCUUUAGAUUCCUUAUGUGGUAUAUGGCUCGAGUUGCUAUCUUUUACUUUCUAUGCCAGAUGGAUUGUGGCUGUUUGAAAUUUUCCAAAAACAUCUAUUUGUAUUUCUGAGGUAUUGACAGUUUUAGUUAAGUUCAUUUAGAGUUUAUGUUAAAGAGAAUAUUGAAGGUUUUGAAUGUUGAUUCGUUGCUCGCAAUGGCGUUUAUCUCUUA